GACACCGGGCAUUCGCCGUCGCCGCCGCCGCCGCAGACACGGUCGGGUCUCGUCCGCGCUGUUCUCCGCCCGCACUUCGUGCUCGAGCGCAGCGUCCGCACGCCCCAGAGUGGAUGGCAGCCGCGGAGCGGGACAGGGUGCCGCGCCGCCUUCCUAAGUGAAUAUCUAUUUCAUCAGAAAAGAACCUCAGCUUCCUCACAAUGGUCUCCUGUUUGCCAGUAGCGUGAAAGACUGGACCUUUGCCAUGGCCAUUUUUUUGCUGGGGGCAGCAUUGCUUAUUGCGCAACCUCAGGCAGUGCCUUCCAGACCAGCUACCAGCUCAAAGGCUGAAGCUAGUGCUCAGAAAGAGCCCUUUAAGAAAAAUGACUUCAAAGAAUGCCUCAGUCCAAAUGGAACACUCCAGCAACUUCCACAGACUGUCAUCAUUGGUGUGAGGAAAGGUGGAACAAGAGCCUUAUUAGAAAUGUUAAGCCUGCAUCCAGAUAUAGCAGCAGCAGAAAGUGAAGUCCACUUUUUUGACUGGGAAGAACAUUACAGGAAUGGAUUCCAAUGGUACAUUAACCAAAUGCCCCUCUCUUGCCCCCAUCAGAUAACUGUGGAGAAAACUCCAGCGUAUUUCACCUGUCCCAAAGUGCCUGAAAGAGUUUACAAAAUGAACAAGCUUAUCCGAUUGCUUCUUAUUUUGCGAGAUCCAACUGAGAGGGUUUUGUCAGACUAUACGCAAGUAUUCUUCAAUCACAUGCAAAAACAUAAGUCGUAUCCCUCCAUCGAAGAAUUCCUAGUUAAAGAUGGUGAACUGAAUACAAACUACAAGGCAAUAAACAGGAGCUUGUAUUAUGUUCACAUGCAAAACUGGUUGAAAUAUUUUCCACUGGAUCACAUUCACAUUGUAGAUGGGGACAAGCUUAUCAAAGAUCCAUUCCCAGAAAUUGUAAAAGUAGAAAGAUUUUUAAAGCUGUCACCUCAGAUAAAUGCUUCAAACUUUUACUUCAAUAAAACAAAAGGCUUUUACUGCCUAAGAGACAGUGGUAGGGACAGGUGUUUACAUGAGUCAAAAGGAAGAGCACACCCCAAAGUAGAUCCAAUUUUACUUGAAAAACUGCAUGGAUAUUUUCAUGAACCUAAUCAGAAAUUCUUUGAGCUUGUUGGCAGAACAUUUGACUGGCACUGAAUAUGGUGUCAAAUUAUAGAAAGCACAUUUACAAAUGAAAGGUAUUUAAACUGUAAUUUAUUUGAAAAUCAAUUAAAUACUUCUCUACAGUAUUAGAAUUCUGAUUGCUAUAUAAACUAGUAAUAUUUUUCUACUUGUUAAAUUAAAAAAAAAGUUUUGUAAUGUUUUUCAUAGAUGUUAACAAUGUAUUAUGAAUAUGAAAAAAUAUUUCAUGGAAGGAUGUCUCUUAAGAUUGCAGCUUUUAAAAUAUGUGUAUA